CGAAAUUGACCACUGUCCGUGCGGAUUAUCAAAAUCAAGAGAGAUACAUCCCACUCUAAAAUCUUUUUCAGGAAGUGUCAAGGCUGGAUUGCUGUGGCUCCCCCGUUGAAACAGAACCAUUCAGACAUUCGCUAUCAUUUUGUCGGACAGGAACCCACUGUGUCCAUCUCGACACCGGCUAGAAAACCCGCACCUCGCACGAAGGGACAUACAACCGAAAGAUGGAGAGAAUCUCUCUGCUUCUGCCGCUCCUGCUGUGUAUCAGAACAGCAAUCUCAGAACCCCAUGCAAUCUGUGAGCCUAAGGAUGUUUCUGGGAACCAAAAUUGGAUCACUGUGGAGGAAGUGCCGCUCGGCUGUUCGACCAACUUCAGCAUAGACGGAAGAGAAGUACACAUCUUUAGCUUGGAAUUGAAACCAGGGAGCAGUAUAUUUGAAAUGAACUUUACAGCAGCCAGGCCAUCUGACCUGAUCAUCUCCAGCCGCAAAAAGACGGAUGUCUACGUGUCUGUGAUUGGGGCUGAUCCUGCAGUGAAUAUUUAUACAGCUGCGGACUCUAGAUGGAAAUUUUAUUCUGGGGAAAAGAUACAAAACCUGACCAUGCCAACAGACACUGAGGAUCUUUUACAAUGGGCUACAGCAGAAUUUGGUGGCAUCACAUCGUUUACCACAAUACGAGAACCAAAAACAAUAUUUUUCCCGGAAAUAGAUAGGACGCCAGGUUCUACCCUCUGUGAGCUACCAGCUGCCUCGCCCCCUAAGAAAAAUUAUGUGGACCGUGACAUACCAAAGUCGCAGGUCAAGUCCUGCUUCGGUCAACCAGGGGAAGACCUGCAUAUUAUUAACAUCCCGGACGAUGUCAGCAUUCGGUAUGUCUACGUGGAUGUUCUUUCAAAAGAACCAAAACUAGUGCUAAGAGGACCACCGGGCACUGUGUGGAAGAUCAGUGCCAUUAAUAUAAAGCCAAUGAGUAACAACAAAAUGAUGCUGUACGACCUAGAGAUUGCCCCAAGAAGGAACCUUUCGGACAGUGCGGAGGAGAUUAAGAAGCAAGUGGAAGAGUAUUACGGCACCAAGGCCAUCACGACUUACUCCGAAAUUCGGCCUGAGAGUCAGGCAAUUAGAGUGGUGAUUGGGAAGCAAGAUAGCACUGCAGCUGUCAAGCCAACAGUUCCACAGACCACCUCUGCAUCUUCCAGUCCUACCCCAUCCUAUCUCAAGAUGCAGCUGUACACCUCUCCAGAUUUCAAGUCGCCUUUGGACCCUGCAAAGGUGCAGACAGACAAAAGACUCUUCGCAGAGAUUUCCAGUGAGAUUCAUGGAGAGUGGGUGAUGACCGUCAAAGUCUGUUACUGCACGGCCCGCUCCAAGGGUUCUCUGUCUGUGGAGAAGAACAUGCCGUUCAAGCUUGAGCCCUGCCUUGUCAAAUCCUGUCACAACAGGUCACGCCUUAGCUUCUCCUUCCAGCAUCUUCAGGACCAGGGCCCUACUAACUGGAGCCUAGAAUGUGACAUUACACUGUGCCUUGGUGAGUUGUGUUGGGAUGCUGGAAAAGUAAGGAGAAGCCUGGAAAUCAUUCCGACAUACAACCCUUCACAAAAGCAGUGUACUACUGAUAGUGUAACAGCUGUCCUUGGCAUCGCCUUUGGAGGCUUUCUCAUCGGCGUCCUUCUCAUGGGAGCACUGUGGUUUAUUAAAAUCCGCACAGGAUACCCGGUGGCACUAGACAUGGGCACUACUGCCGCUCAUCUAUCAGCUCUCUCUCUUUUAGGUUGCCCUUGCUGUCUCACAAAGCGCCAGCCAGUGCCUACCAACCCCUCUCAAUCAGAGAACAGCAGUGCCAACGCUAGCAUUGGCAGCACACAGAGCACGCCCACCAGCAGCAUGGCAUGAUCCCGUCACAACUCCAACCAUCCUCUUCUCCUUCAGCCCAGAGAGACAGACACACACACUAACACACACACACACACACACACACAAAUACACACACAAACCAGCACACUUCCCUGGUCGUGUGCCCAAGCCUAGACCUCUGAGGUUUUUGGGCGGGGGGGG